AUGAUUCAUCUUUCUACCAUCCUUGUCUGGGUCUUCGGGUUGUUGGCUGUUAUCGCAGCCUCACCUAUUUCCCAGCCUACGCCUUCCGAUCUCACUGAACGCGCGAAUGAUAGUUCGCUUCAACUCGUGUUCGGCGAAAUGCUCGGCAACCACUUCUGGUGGCUCUUCCAGGGCCCUCUGGGCAUUGGAGUCGACAUGUGCGGCCUUGACGAGCAAUUCGAGCUGGUUAAGUUAUGGCCUCAUCCUGGCACCGCCAACAUAGACAGUCCGCCUUUUCCAACUAAAGUAAGCGCAACGUUUCCCACUAUUGUCUCAGCGAUCAUGUAA